AUGACAGCCUGCCACGAGAGUGGUGGAUGGGCACUGGACCCGAGCCAUGGAACCCAGAGCCGGAGCCAGACCGCUAGUGAGGCCAGCUUUGCCGGGCAGAUGCAGGAAGUGCUGCCGGGGCUUUACCUGGGUGGGGCCGCGGCCUUCGCGGAGUUGGACCUUCUCAGGGAAAUGGGCGUCACGGCAGUGCUGACGGUGGACUCGGAGGCGCCCAGCUUCACAGCAGGGCCUGGGGUCGAAAGAAUGCGGUGCCUCUUCGUGCCAGCGCUGGACGAACCCGAGACGGACCUGCUCAGUCACCUGGACCGGUGCGUGGUCUUCAUCGACCAUGCCCGCGCCGAGGGCCGCGCAGUGUUGGUGCACUGGUCUCUCAGUCAUUCAGGAGUCAGUAGAAGUGUUGCUGUAGUGACUGCUUUUUUGAUGAAGACUGAUGAACUUACCUUUGAAAAAGCUUAUGAAAACCUCCAGACUGUCAAACCAGGGGCUAAGAUGAAUGAGGGAUUUGAGUGGCAACUGAAAUUAUACCAGGCAAUGGGAUAUGAAGUGGACACCUCUAGUGCAGUUUAUAAGCAGUAUCGUUUACAAAAGGUUACAGAGAAAUAUCCAGAAUUGCAGAAUUUACCUCAGGAACUCUUUGCUGUUGACCCAACCACCACUUCACAAGGAUUGAAAGAUGAGGUUCUCUACAAAUGUAGAAAGUGCAGGCGAUCCUUAUUUCGAAGUUCUAGCAUUUUGGAUCAUAAUGAAGGAAGUGGCCCUAUAGCCUUUACCCACAAGAGAAUGACAUCAUCUUUCAUGCCUAUGACAGGAAGUCAGGCUCAGUGUACAUCUUAUUUCAUUGAACCUGUACGGUGGAUGGAAUCGGCUUUGUUAGGAGUGAUGGAUGCACAGCUUCUUUGCCCCAAAUGCAGUGCCAAGUUGGGUUCCUUCAAUUGGUGUGGUGAACAGUGCUCCUGUGGUAGAUGGAUAACCCCUGCUUUUCAAAUACAUAAGAAUAGAGUGGAUGAAAUGAAAAUGCUGCCAGUUUUAGGAUUACAAACAAGAAAAAACACAAACUUGUGACAUUUGAUAGCUUAGAAAGAAACUUACUAAUGAUAUAUGCUACCCUUGCUUAUUGUCAUUAAGGCAAAUUGUCUAAUUUUUAGGCCAUCA